AAAACGAGCCAGUCAGCAUCUCGCGUUCGUGCGCGGAGGGUGUGUUGUCCGAUGCCCAGUAUCGAUAUUCACGCGUCAUUUGACAGUCGUAUUGUGGUCUAAUAAUGACAGUAGUGUACUGUGUUACGUAGUGGAUAAUCUAAUAUAUUUUUUUCAUUUAGGCCAGUGGCAUCACCUUUUUAAAAUUAGACGUCAAACUUGACAUUGACACUUACUAGUCUAGUUAAUGUCUGUGUGCAAUGCUCACAAGUACUAGUUAGUGAGUGUAUCUGUGUGCGAUGGCUCGCCUGGCCCUAUUGGCCGUCUUGGUAUUAGCUCGUGCUGCCUGGGCCCAUUAUACGUCAACAUGGGCCGUGCACGUGCCUGGAGGCAGGGAGGCUGCGGACGCCGUCGCUGCCGAUCACGGCUUCAUCAAUUUUGGAGAGAUAUUUGACAACCACUUUCACUUCCACCAUAACUCCGUGGCACGACGAUCUCUUACACCAGCCCAUGACCAUCACGGGCGGCUGGAGACAGACUCUAGAGUGCGAUGGGCCAGACAACAGAAAAUACUAUCGAGGAAGAAAAGAGAUCUUAUAACAAUACCAGACAUCGUUUCGACAGCUGAAACUAAGUCGUCAGCUGGUCCUUCUCCCUCUUCAGCGACGAAAAGAGAAGCCGGAUCGAAGAGAGAGCUCCAAAACACAAGAGUCAAAGGUCGGCCGCGAUCUACAGAUAUGAGAUUUGUGCUUAAUGAUCCGAAAUGGCCUCAUAUGUGGUAUUUGAACCGCGGUGGUGGACUUGACAUGAACGUGAUACCAGCUUGGCGGGAAGGCGUCACAGGUCGAGGUGUCGUUGUUACAAUCCUUGACGAUGGACUGGAAACUGAUCAUCCAGAUAUAGUGUCGAAUUACGAUCCAAUGGCGUCAUAUGACGUAAAUUCACACGACUCAGAUCCUCAACCACGGUAUGACAUGAUCGACUCCAACCGUCAUGGAACCAGAUGCGCCGGAGAAGUAGCUGCCACAGCUAACAACUCAUUAUGCGCUGUUGGUGUUGCGUAUGAAGCUAGUGUUGGUGGUGUCAGAAUGUUGGACGGUGAUGUGACUGACGCCGUCGAAGCUAGGUCACUAAGUCUGAAUCCGCAACACGUUGACAUCUACAGCGCGUCUUGGGGUCCUGAUGAUGAUGGCAAGACCGUUGAUGGACCUGGAGAACUGGCAACGAGAGCGUUUAUUGAAGGUGUUAAUAAGGGUCGUAACGGCAAGGGCUCUAUAUUUGUUUGGGCUUCGGGUAACGGGGGCAGAGAGCACGACAACUGCAAUUGUGAUGGAUAUACAAACUCUAUCUGGACUUUGUCAAUAUCUUCGGCCACUGAACGAGGCGAGGUUCCGUGGUACUCAGAAAUGUGCAGCUCUACUCUCGCUGCGACUUACAGCAGUGGAGCUGUGCUUGAGAAGCAGGUGGUGACUACAGAUCUACAUCACACAUGUACAACAAGCCACACGGGUACAUCAGCCUCUGCUCCGCUUGCUGCGGGAAUUUGUGCUUUAGCCUUACAAGCCAAUAAGGAACUGACGUGGAGGGAUAUGCAGCAUAUUGUGGUUCGAACAGCACGACCGGAACGACUGAGCACGGGUGGUGAAUGGCGAGUGAACGGUGUCGGUCGGAACGUUUCUCAUUCGUUCGGCUACGGGCUUCUCGAUGCAGCAGGCAUGGUACGACUUGCCAGGUCUUGGAAAACAGUACCUCCGCAACGAAGGUGUGAACUGGCCGCUUCAACGCCCCAGAGAGCUGUACCACCGAAGUCAUCAAUAUCUUUACGGUUGGACGUGAGCGCCUGCCCCGGGGUAAACUACCUAGAGCAUGUCCAAGCGCGAGUAUCGUUAUCGGCAACUCGUCGUGGUGACCUACGUAUCACACUCACUUCACCAGCUGGUACACGGGUCACUUUACUUACGCCCAGACAGCACGACUUGUCCCGCUCUGGGUUCAAUUCCUGGCCAUUCAUGUCAGUUCACAUGUGGGGCGAAUCACCCCUUGGCGAGUGGCUGCUUGAAGUUUCUAACGAGGGAAGAUUUAUGGGUCGAGCGACAUUACAAGACUGGUCAUUAACUUUCUACGGAACGAGCGUACCGGCUGCUAAAAACGAUCCGAUACCCUUCAGAAAUCCAAUAAUACGUAAGAGUAACGCGACGAGACCCGUCGUAGUGCAAGCGGGACGAAAGAACAAAGGGAAGACCAUUCCAAUAGUCCCCACAUAUACAGUGGGAUUAGUGAAGCGAAAAAAGAAUAAGAAUUCCAAGAAUCCCAACAGAAAUGCGCAGAAAUCAAAACAGAGCCGUCCGGCAACUCGUUCGCCGAUAGAAAGCUCGACGUUGCGAACGACGGCCCCAGAUUUGAGUAUGAAUUUGCGGGGAGAUCUGACGGACCCCCUGGCUGACGCUAGAGGACGCAAGAUGUCAAGCCUGUUCGAGCAAUAUCCGAAAAUCCAGAGAAUAUAUCCAGCGCCGCUGCAAGCCAACGCGGGGCCAUUAAGCCAAUGGGAGUUAAUAUUCUACGGUACUGAAACGCCGCCGCAAGAUAACGACGCGUCACCUGAAAGCCCCCAGUUUCCCGAAAUCCCGUCUUGGAGUGGAACAAAUGAAAAUAACCAUCUGCCACCUGAACCACCAGAGGAACCCAAACAUAACUCCAUAGAUGAUGACCUAGCUCUCGUCUGGCACGACUCACAUGCUAUUCGGGAAGAAAGUCCUGGAAAUGGAAUGGCCGGAAGCGGGUGUGCCACACACGCCGUCCAAGCUCCACAUAGAUGUUUAGGUUUGUGUUUACUUGUCCUCAUACUUACAGCGGCCGACGCUUAUUUAACACUAACUGGUAUCAGCUUAGGGAGAGGCAGGUAGGUUUAAUUGCCAGCCUUAUUGGCGGUUCGAAGUAGUUAGCCACGGGUGAGCGAAUUCAUACAUAAUAUUAUAUGGAAAUACAAUUAUUAUUUUUCUUACACCGCUAUAUAGAGAGUUCAAGUAAAAGUUUUUUGGUAAUAAAUUGAUUUUAUAUCGUCAAGUUUCUUUAAGUUGUAAAGUUGACUUCAAUAGCUAUUCUAUGUGAAAUGGAGUAACUUCUGCUGUUUUGUUGUAUACAAUAUGUUCCAUUAAUUGGGGUAUACGUUUUACAUGUUUGUGAUACUGUCUCGGGGCUUUCAGUAGUUUCCUGAACAACACAAUUCAAUUUUUUAAUACAAUUAUAUAAUGGCUUUCAAUAGGCUAUUUGACAGCAUUUUAAAAACCAUUAGAUUAUUUAUUAGUGUCUAUAUAACCUGUACAAUUUGUUACUUUUAGUUCUAUAAAGCUUUUAAUUUAAAUGGAACAUUCAUAUAUUUCGAACAUUUCUCUUGGCAAGACACUCAUACUUGUAAACACGUAAAACAAAUUUGACCUGUUAAUUAUCAUUGUUAAAUUACACAAAUACACAUAUAUUUCGAUCAAAAUCAGUCUUCGGCGGAAUUAAACUCCCAGAAUCUUAAGGAUCAUAUUGGCAAAACAUCUAAUCCUAAUAUAGGUCAGUGGAGUUGUUUUUCUCUAUAUAAUUUUUUAAAGCCAUGUUUUAUACGGAUUACUCUCAGAAACACUUUUUUUUCAUACUGUCAAAUAGCCCAUUGUGUUGAAAUUUUACAAAAGUCAAAAUCAUUUGUUCAUAUAGGUAAUACAAUGUAUACUUAUUAACGUCAAAAAAGUCGUCAAAUACGUACCAUAAUUAAAAUAACCUUAAAUCAAAGUUGAGCUUAAUAACUUCAGAGUAAUAAAUAUUUAGACUCGCUCGCCCCUGGCGUACUAUCGAGGCUCGUGAUCUAGUGAAUAUUAUUGUAUUAUUUAUCUACAUAAGUACAACAUGUUAAUUAAUUUUAUUUUGUACCUUUGUAACAAACUGCUUGAACUGCCACGUCACUCCCCCAGUACUUAAGAUAUUUAAUAAGCCACUGAAAUUUAGAUAAUUUAGUCGAGUCCGGAGGCUUCGGAUGAAAACUUUUUGUCAUAAUUUAUAAACUCGAGCCCGUUAACAAUGAGAAAAGUAUUCGAAUCUCCGGACUUUUCAGUCGCAGUAAUUUAAAAAUAUUUUAAUAAUAAAGAAAGGUGUUCAUUGUUAUUUACCUUAGAUAGUUAUAUUUUUAAAUUACUGAGGUUAAUUCCACGAUACUUGUGUAUUUUGUUAUAUCGGCAAAAUUAAGAGCUAGGAACAAGUGCAAUUACAUAAUUUUAUAUUGUGUAUUACAAAACGUCCAUUUUGCUUGAAUAACGCCCAUGGGCCACAUAAAAUAGACCAAAUCUGUUUGCUCCCGAGGAGACGAUGAACUAAAAACUGUAGUAAAGAUUCAUAAGUUUCGGGAAGAGACCUACCCGCAAAAUUACGUUUCAAAAUUUGAACAAAUAUUAUUGGAACGAAAUCUUUCUCCUAAUUUUUUCGUUGGAAGAGCUAAGAAAAAUUUGCGUUUUUGUGUGGCCCAAGGUGUAUUAAUAGAGGACAGUAGAAAAUUGUGGAAGUAGUUAUAAUGUAGCAUAAUAAUAAAUAGAUAUUCUGUGGUACUUAAUGUAAGUCACGUAUCGAUACUUCUAUAUCCAUUUUAUGAAUAAUUUAAUCAAAUGUAAAAUUUAUUUGUAAUCAUUGACCUGGAUAUAGACUAGUAAAUAGUUAUUCCGUGUUUAAAUCAAUUUACAUACAUUUUUCCUACUGUUAACAAUAAUAUUUUUAUUAUAUAAGCUUAAUCAUAUUUUAUUUUAUAUAAAAAAAUACGCCUUAGGUGGGCAGGCAAAUGAACAUAAUAGGGCCCUUGGAAAAAUACUUUGCGUCAGACGUGAUCACGUGACAUAAUACAACCACAGAAAUGACACGAGCUCACGCUUGGUCACGUGACCAUUACCAUAAAAAUCAAAUUCGAAUUUCGGUUAAUGUUAUUGGGUCACUGUCGUAAUGUAUUUGUUCAAGGCCCACAGCAUAUUUUAUAAAAUCACAAAGAUUUUAAUAAUAAUAAAAUUUGGUUAACGAAAAUCGGUUCGUACUUAUGAACCCCAUAUUUAUUAAGUUAAAUAUUUUCAAUAGGUCAAUAUGUUUACAUAUUUUACAAUAGGUCAAAUUUACAACUGAACAAUGAAGUGUUAAGUUUAUAGAUUCUUUUAUUUGCCAUUAACCAAAGAGCACAAAUUACGAUGCCAAAUGUUCGCAUUUACAUCUUUCAAUCAUUAAAUAUUAGUGUUUAAUCGUUGAUCUGAUAGCGCAGUGUGGAUAUUUUACAUUCGCUCAAACUUAUUUUAAACAUUAAUUUUAAGUAAAAUAUCUUCAGCGCGCUGUGUGGAAUCAUACAUAUCGUUUAUAAUAAGUUAAAGGGGAUUUUGUUAGGCGGAUAAGUUCGUGUUAUAUAGGCUUUAUAUGUGAUGGCCUGUGCACUUUACAUUUUCUCGAAUAUAAAUCUUAAUAAAUUUCUUUACAUUAUCAAAGCCAUCCAUUAUUAUAUGUUUGCAGUUCAAAUGAUAGGAAAAGAUACUUAACAAUCGUCAAUAUAUCAGAUCGCUAAAGACUAUUUUUAUAUCAGCGGUCUUGGCAGAUUUAUAAAGGAUGGGAAGUGGAGAAUCGACCGGUCGGGUUUAAAUUGCGAUCGUGUAUCAACCUUACGUACGUGACCCUCGCUUUAUUUCCACCUCAAAUUACAUUUUUCUUAUAAAACCUUUUUUUGUUGUCUUCGGAUUUUACCUCGCACAUGCUUAACAUGUCGAACAACUUAUCAAUUGGUUCGUGUUUGCAUAACAUUGGAAAUUUACCUUUUUAUGACUUAAUAAAAUCGAGAUUGUAAAAGUAAACAGGCUGUUACAGAGAUGAAUAUUAUUAGUUCCAGAAACAUAAUAAAUACUGCAUAAUGUGGUUGUGAUCAUAUUGGUGAUUGCCAAUCCAUAUAUAUGUGAAAAUUAACUGUACAUAAUAAGUAGAUAAUGGUAAAAUAAAAUUUGGAGACUUGUACAAAUUGCUCAUUAAUGUAAAUUUUAAAACGACUGAUCGAUCAAGAUUUCUCGUCGACUGCUAGUUAGUAUAACUUAAAUGGUCUAAAUAUGUAAAAUUGUCUAGAUGAGCCUAGAAUAAAAUGCUGUAUCACGUUUUAAUUAUGUCGAUGUACUAGAAGUUGUUAAGAAUCCCAUUUUUAUAACAGUUUUGCUGUAUACAUGUAAAAUUGUUCACCAUUCGGUAGCUACCAAAAUUGUAUUUAUAAAUGUAAAUGUUAAAUUUGUAUAUAUUGAACGUGAUGUGGAUGGAAAUAUAAUAAAAGAAAAACUUUUAAUACAAAAUCAA